CCGACCAGAGCAAAGCUCAGAGCAACGCUCCCCCGCACUGCCCGGCAAAAUUCCGUCGCGAAACCGCACCGGGAGCUCCGUCCGGCCGCGCGCGAUGAGCUUCUCGUCGGCGUGCAAGCAGCAGGUUCUGGGCGCCGGCGGCGAGGAGGCGAGGGAGGAGGAGGGGGCGAUGGAGCUCAUCCCCGGCCUGCCGGAGGAGGUGGCCGAGAAGUGCCUCCUCCACCUGCCCUUCCUCUACCACCGCCUGUUCCGCACCGUCUCCUCCAACUGGAACCGCUUCCUCACCGACGCGCCGGGGGCCGCCGCCAAGGGCUCGGCCCCGCCGGCGGCGACGGCGACGGUCUCGCUCUCCCUGCCGUUCCUCUUCGCCUUCGCCUUCGACCCCGUCUCGCGCCGCCUCCAGUGCCAGGCGCUCGACCCCUUCUCCCGCCGCUGGCUGCUGCUGCCCCCGGUCCCCUGCGGCGCCGCGGCCGGCUCGUUCUCCGUCGUGGGCCUCCCCGCCCGCGGCGAGAUCUACGUGAUCGGCGGCGUGGAGGAGGGCGGCGACAAGGCGGUGAGCAGUGUGGCGGUCUACAGCGCGGCGACCAACGGCUGGGGGCAGGUGGCCGGCAUGAGGACGCCCAGGGGCUACAUGGCGGCCGGCGAGGUGGGCGGGCGCGUGGUGGUCGCCGGCGAGGACGGCGAGGCGGAGGUGUUCGACCCGGAGUCGGCGCGGUGGGCGCCCGCGGCGGCCCGGGGCGGCGCGGCCGUGGCGAGGUACGACGCGGCGGCGGCGGGCGGCAAGCUGUACGUGACGGAGGGGUGGGCGUGGCCGUUCGAGCGCGCGCCCCGGGGCGCGGUGUACGACGCGGCGGCGGACGCGUGGUCCGACAUGGCCCGCGGGAUGCGGGAGGGGUGGACGGGCUCCUGCGCCGUGUCCGGCGGCCGGAUGUACAUCGUGGCCGAGUACGGCGAGUGGCGUCUCAAGCGGUACGACGAGCCGCGGGACGAGUGGCGGAUGGUGGCCGGUGGCGGGGUGCCGCAGGAGGUGCGGCGGCCGCACGUGGUGGCCGGGCAGCUGGAGGAGGUCGGCGGCGGCAGGCGCAGGAUCUACGUGGUCGGCGCCGGCCUCGACGUCGCCGUGGGCACUGUCUUCCAAGACGGCGCGGCGGAGGAGGAGCGGGUGGAGUGGGAGGUCGUGAAGGGGCCUGAGGAGUUCGUCGGGCUGGCGCCCUGCAACGCGCAGGUCCUCUACGCCUGAGCCGCCAGCCAACCUCGUCGGCGCCAGUCACCGGCGGGGGAAAGGAAAAAAGAGACCCGACCCUGGGCCCGCAUGUCAGCCACUACCUACUAACGCCUCCGUCAUCACCGAGCUAGUAGCUCACUGCUGACGCCGCAGCGGUCGGGCAGCUACUACUACUGCUGCUAGUACAGCCAGCCGAGCGCACGGGCGGGCGGCGAGGCCUGCCAUGCGGGCCCCAGUUGCCAUCCACCGGAGCGAGAGCGUCCGAACGUGUCCUUUAUGCUUGCUGAGCAGAGCAGAGCAGGGGAGGAAGCGUGCGUGCGUGCGUGCGUGUAAAGAGCAAAAUGAUUACACCUGCAACCAGCAGUCCACCAGACUUUAUUUUCCCGCUUUAUCAGAGCAUUUUCCGCUUGCGUUU